AUGUCUUCUCAAGACUCUGAUAAAGAUGUGCCUUGCAUUGAAUGUCAAUAUGAGCUUCCACCACCCGAUGAGAGGUGGUAUAGCGUAGUAGUUGGACGGUCUCCUGGCGUUGUCCAGGGACAGGACCAUGCAGAGCGUAACUGGAGGGGUGUAUCUGGAGGUGCUGCUUUUUACUGUCCAGAUAGGCCUAGUGCAGAGCAGCAUUUUGUCUCUGCCUUGCAUCGUGGCGAAGCUGUUCAUGUCAUUCCUGAGGUUCGGAUUAGACUUGGUAGUCAAGACCGUGCCACGCUUCCCGGAUUCCGUGUGCAUGACCCUUAUAGUCCUGAGAACGCAACUUGGGUUGUUGUUUCAGUGGGGCGAGAGCCCGGGAUCUACCUUAUUGACUCCAGCUAUUCUGGAUAUGGUCUUACCCUUACCUCCAACGUGAACGGGGUUAGUGGCGGCCAUGUCAUUAAAUUUAAAAGCAGGUCUGCCGCCGUAGAGGAGUUUGAACGCAUGUUGUCGGUGUCAUUGAUUGUCCGUGUUGUUACCGAAGUUAGAGCAGUACUUAUGUCUGAUGGUGUGGAGUAA